UCAGACCACGCCGCGGUCACGCUUUCUCACAACGUGGCAGUGCGCGUCAGCUGACGCGGUCAUGUGAUUCCCGCACUGGACAAGAUGGCUACAGCAGAGAUAAAAGGAGUAUAUUGGUUGGGGAAGGACACUCUGAGGGUGUCUGCCGCUUUGUUUGCCGAGAACCGGUGGCGUCUGUGUGAGGGUCUGCGGGCGGUCCAGGGCCUGCAGCAACGUUCCAUGGUGGUUCUGCAAGGGGGCGAGCAGAGACAGCGCUACUGCACCGACACCGAUGAGGUCUUCCGACAGGAGUCCUUCUUCCACUGGACGUUUGGCGUGACGGAGGCGGAUUGCUACGGCGCCCUGGAUGUGGACUCGGGCAGGUCCCUCCUCUUCGUCCCCAAGCUGCCGGAGAGCUACGCCACCUGGAUGGGGAAGAUCCAUCCACGCGAGCACUUCAAGGAGAAGUAUGCGGUGGAUGAAGUCCACUACACCUGUGACAUCGCUGAUGUUCUGACCAACCUGGGCCCGUCUGUCCUCCUCACACUGAGAGGCCUGAACACAGACAGUGGCAGUAUCUGUCGUGAGGCGUCCUUUGAAGGAAUCAGCAAAUUCCAGGUGAACAACUCUCUCCUGCACCCUGUGAUCGUGGAAUGUCGACUGAUUAAGACAGAUAUGGAGUUGGAGGUUCUGCGCUACACUAACCGAAUUUCCAGUGAAGCACAUAAACAGAUAAUGAAGCAUGUGAAGCCUGGCCAUAAGGAAUAUGAGAUGGAAAGUUUGUUUCAGCACUAUUGCUACUCUCGUGGGGGAAUGCGACAAACCUCCUACACCUGCAUCUGUGGAAGUGGAAACAACUCAUCCAUCCUGCACUACGGCCAUGCGGGGGCGCCGAAUGACAAAACCAUUCAGGACGGAGACAUGUGCCUGUUCGACAUGGGCGGAGAGUAUUACUGCUACUCCUCCGACAUCACCUGCUCCUUCCCAGCCAGCGGCAAGUUCACCCCUGACCAGAAGGCCAUUUACGAGGCCGUGUUCAAGUCGUCCAGGGCCGUCCUGGAUGCCCUCAAACCAGGUGUGAAGUGGACGGACAUGCACCGUCUGGCCGACCGGGUCCACCUGGAGGAACUGGUGAAGGUCGGCAUCCUUCACGGGAGCGUGGAGGACAUGCAGAAGGAGCACCUGGGCGCUGUCUUCAUGCCCCACGGCCUCGGUCACCUACUGGGCAUUGAUGUGCAUGAUGUCGGGGGGUAUCCGGAGGGCGUGGAGCGCAUCGAUGAGCCAGGCCUGAAGAGCCUGCGCAUGGGGCGUCUGGUGCAGGAGCGCAUGGUCCUCACCGUGGAGCCAGGAAUCUACUUCAUCGACCACCUGCUGGACAGGGCACUGGCCUCGGACGCCCAGUGCCGCUUUAUCAACGCCGACGUGCUGGCUCGCUUCCGCGGCUUUGGAGGGGUGCGUAUCGAGGACGACGUGGCAGUGACAGCGAAUGGCGUGGAGCUGCUGACGUGUGUGCCCCGCACGGUGGAGGAGAUCGAGGACUUCAUGGCCGACAGAGAUGAGAAGUCCUUCAGUUCCAGUGUCAGCAGCCAGAAAUUGUAACGGGAUCGGCGACACGAGCAUCUCAUCACGAGAUUCUGCAAAAGCUUGCCUUUGUUGAAUUAAUUCGGGUCCUAUAGUUAAAUUCUAUGGCAUGCACAGUUUGUAAGACUCUGGAAUUAUACCGCCUUAUAGCUGAAAAUAACCUUCUGAAAUCACAUGAUUAUAUGGUAUAUAACUACAUGCUUAUAGCCCAUACAAACAUUUACUCACUUUAUUACUUUUUAAUUCAGUAUGAAUUAAAUUCAUUGUGUAUGUAAUUUUAUACAAACCAAACAGCUGAAAAAAAUCAUUUCUAUAGAUAUUUUUCCCCAUAUAUUUGGAAAGUACAAAUGCAGUUAGAUCACAACUUGCCUUAACUGGAGCUUAUCUGAAGUUAUCUGAUCUCAAAUUUAAAAAAAAUGUAAGAACAGAGCAGGCACCCAUCUAAGCAGGUGCACUGCACAGUGGUACCGCAGUGCAGUGCUAUCAUGGUACUGCAGUGCUACCGCAGUGCACUCGCUGUAGUGCAGUGCUCUCAAAGUAGUGCCAUGGUGGAUUAGCAAUAGUGAUACAGCACAGCCUUCACGCUCCCAGGCAGAGUGCUCUUCUAUAUGAGAUGAUGAUCUUUGGCUUUGCUUGUUGUUGCGCUUUCAGUAACCUGUUCUAUUAAGAACUAAAUCUCUCCUUUUUCAAUAAAAUUCUGGCAUCCUCUA